AUGGCAAUGCGCCGCCGAUUUGUUUUGGUGGUCUGUGGUUAUAAUAAACCAAUGGAUAUGUUUGAGGUAGUUAGUGAGGAUGAUGAGAAAAUUGGCGAAUUCCUAAAUAAUAUUCAACAUAAUGAUGAAUUUUUUGCCAGAUUUCGGUUUUCCAAACCUUUUGUACGUAGGAUAGUGGAUUUAAUUAGACCAGUUAUUGCAAAUCCGACCAAUACAAAAAAUGAAACUAAAAAAAGACAGAUAUUGGGCAAUCCUCCAACGCCAAAAAUUUCAUCCAUAUUGAACGAAACGAGGCAGAGUAAGCAAUAUUUACGAAUUUUUCAAAUAUCUUGGUACGAAACCUAUAAGUGGCUAUACGAAAAUAUUUAUAAACAAACCCCAGUAGCACAAAAUAUUAAUAUUAUUAAUAUUAUUAACCAAUUGGUUCUAUAUGGGUCGCGUCUAUGCCCAAUAUUUUUUAUCUGGGGCCAAUAUUGGAUUAAUUUAGCCGAUGUUUGCUUCUACGAGCCCGAAAACGUCGGCUAUUAUUACAAGUACGCGGAACUAUCCAAGGAAACAAUUUACAAACCAAAGUAUCAUUGGGAACUGUUGGAAUGGUCCGACUGUUCCCAAAAAUGCGGUAGCGGAAUACAAACAGCAAAAUACGAUUGCGUCGAGGAAAAAUCCGGAAAAGUUUCUCCCAGUUUUUGCAAAGAUACCCCGACGCCCCAGGCAGAGCCCAAAAAAUGCAACGAACGUCCCUGUGCAACUAAUCACGCCACAUGCCAGGCUGUUUCCUUAACUUUUUCUUCGAUGUUUAGAUGGAAAGUUGGCAAUUGGGGCAAAUGCCAUGCAUGCAAAGAUAAAUCUGGAGUGAGGAUUAGGGAAGUGGAGUGCGUACGGGAAGCGGCUCAUCCAGGUGCUCAGGACGUCCUUGUGGAGGAUUCUGAAUGUCGCGAAGUUAAACCAGGCACUAGAGAGUUAUGUGACGCUCAUUCGACAUGUUCCCGAAAACGCCAUACAGACAACCUUCCUGACCAUAUGAUGAAAACAAUUAAAUUACAGACAAGAUCAGUGCUCAGAAAACGCGAGGGUUGCUCGUCAGACAAAACGACGACUAAUUUACCUAAAAUAUCGUUGAAAGUUGGAGAAAUCGUGAAAGAUCGAAUUCCCCCCGAUGAGAUUAAACUAGUUAAAAUUCCGUUUAGACAGUCGCAUUUGUCUUUUAACAUGUCGGAUAAUGCAUUUGAGUCCAUGGGAGACGAGGUAGCCGAUACAUUAGAUCUAAACAACGCUAAAAUUGUCACUGGGGCUCCAGCUGCCAAGUUACUGGCAUCUGCAGAAGAGGAAAAUUGCACUAUAACUACUAAAAAAUAA